GUGUUUUGUAGCCAGCUAGCUCUGCAGCUAGCAAGCGCGAUCACUGCUUGUUUUAACAUUUUUACUCAGAAUAUAGCCCAAUUUCCAUGCAGCUAAGUUUUACCCGCUUAAUUUUGGUGAUAUAAAAUAAUAGACUUGAAAGCCUUUGUUUUUGUGUUUUUGCAAGAACGCGAGAAACUUCUAAACAAACUGCUUCGUCCAUCUCGCAGGGUUAUGCGCCUAAAACUGACCUUGUUGGCACUGUCAUCUGGAGGACGGUUUUAAGUGUCUGUCCGUAUCAAUGGCAUACACAAGGCUGCUUCGUCUAUUCAAGAUCAGAGCUGCAAGUUUGACCAAUACGCGAACCACCGUAGGUGGAUGGACCUUCCGAAAACAUGUCAGCACUUCAGCUUGGCGAGCGCAGAGCCGAAUGUCAGCCUGGGUUAUCGACCAGUUUGGCACUAAUGAAGUCCUCAGAUACUCUGAAGACAUGCCAGUUCCCACGAUUACCUCGUCCAGCCAAGUCAUGAUCCAAGUGCACGCUGCCAGUCUCAACCCAUUGGAUGUGGCCAUGAGGGGAGGGUAUGGAGAUAAACUGAUCAAGCUACGAAAGGACCCGUUUUCGAUAAUGGACAACGAUAGUGGUUUUCCUCUGAUCCUGGGUCGAGAUGUGUCUGGUGUUGUGGUGGACUGUGGAUCUGAGGUUGCACAUUUUGAACCAGGAGAUGAGGUUUGGGCUGCAGUACCCCCAUGGAAACAGGGCAGUCUGGCAGAGUUUGUCAAUCUAACAGAGUACGAGGUGUCCCACAAGCCUAAAUGUUUGAGUCACAUGGAGGCGGCAUCCAUUCCGUAUGUAGCCAGCACUGCUCUGUCUGCACUUGUUAACGCAGGUGGUCUUUGCAAAGAGAACUCCUCUGAUAAAAGAGUUUUGAUUACUGGAGGAUCAGGAGGUGUUGGGACCAUUGCUAUUCAGUUGGCAAAGGCCUGGGGUGCCCAUAUUACAGUCACGUGUUCUCAAAAUGCAGAGGGCCUGGUCAGAGGACUGGGAGCUGAUGAGGUUGUGGACUACACUGCGGAAGAUGCAACAUACCAGCUAGAAAUGAUGGAGAGAUUUGAUGUCAUCUUGGACGGCGUGGGUGGUGACACUGAAGAGUGGUGUGUGAGCUUGCUAAAACCCUGGUCUGGAGCAAAGUACGUCACACUAGUAACCCCUUUGCUCUUUCAAACGGAUUCCCGUGGUCUGCUGGAUGGAUUUGCUCAUGCCGGAUCCACCCUGACCACUAAAGUUAUACAGAAUAUAAUAUCAAACGGAGUCUUUUACCGUUGGGGGUUGUUUGCUCCAGAUGGGCCUGGCUUGGAUGAGGUCAGCAAGCUUGUGGAUACUGGAAAGAUAUUGCCAGUGGUAGAGGCCCAAUUUCCAUUCAGCCAGGUACCUCAGGCUUUUCAGAAGUUGGAGCACGGCCAUGCCAGAGGCAAGACGGUCAUCAGCGUGAUUGAGGAGAAAGAUGGACAUCUGUAGAAAAUGGUUUAACCAGUGUCAUCUCACCACUGGACGUCCUUUAGGAGGCAUAUUUGGAUGGGUAUUCAUUAUAUGCAUGCUUCUUGUGUUGUAAUAAGUAAUUUAUAUAUAUUAUUUUGGAGUGUCAUCAUGUGGGCUUGAUUAAAAUAAAGAUCAUAGAACAUGAGCUAAGGAAAGUAGAUUUUUUUUAUUGCUGAAUAAAAGGUAAUGUAACAUCAAUAAAAAUAGAUGAGAUGUAUUAACACUGUUUAAGUUAAUUACAAAACACGUAAAUUUAUUCAUUCAUUGAAAAAGCAAAACAUUAACAUUAGCUGUAGUACUGGAAGGUUUUCUAUCAACUUCCAACGUCACGCUUGUAUCUUAAGUAGGCAGUAAUACAUUCUUAAACAGGUCUUUCAUAACAAACAUUGCAGCAAAUGUGAAAAUAGUCCUUAAACACUUGUCUUACUGCACAUAAGACUCUUAAAUAAUUUCCACAUCCCACUUCUGGUGUGCUUUAUUUCGAUCCAGAGUGUUGAGAAUCACUUGGUUUUUGUCAUAAUGAAGCCCCCCUGUAAAAGACAACACACACAUAUAAAUACAAAAUUUAUGCAAGGAUAUAAGUAAUCAUGUGGGACACAUCUUUGCAAUACUAUUUAAGUCUAGAAAUGAAAAGUUACUGUUUCAAAGUCAAACUGGUGCCAUAAAUCCCAAAACUCUUGUGUAUAUCUGUCUUACUAUUUACUGUUUUACCAUGUCAAAAUGAAUGGUUCAUAAAACAACUGCCGUUGGUGACCCAUGUUUAUUCUCGAAUCAUAAAUAUAGCUUCAGGUGCCACGAUUUUUUUUUUAAUUCCACAAGAUGUCAGUGUGGACAAAGAUGCAGAAAUUUGGCCUGAAAUAACAAGUGCAAGGCUUGAGAGAAAGCUACUGAGCUGAUUUUUACAUAAAGCACGCUGGAAUAAUAAUACAAUGCAAAUUUCGAACAAAUUUACAUACUUGCAACUGAGCCUGGAACACAAAGUUUUUGUUCUAUUGUACUGAAGGCAACAAGUGGAGACUUAUUACAAUAUAUAAAUUAUAAUAGGUACAUCACGCAAGAAAAUUUGAAUUGUAUCUUAGUGCACCACUUUCCAAACUAGUGAACUUGGAUAAUUUCGUUACCUGGUGAUCUCUCACAUUGGCACAUUACUUAAAAAGGCAUACGAGAAAUUCCCCUUAACAUCGAAAAACAAAAUAUUUAAGUAAUGCUGAUAAGUUUAUCAGCCAGACCAGGAUGCAACUAGUGUCCAAGGCCAUUUCUAAGUAACAGGUUCUUGUGAACUUGAGCAUUGGUAUCCUAUCAAAGGCUCACCUUUUACUUCCAGGACUAGAUCAGAGGUAGGCAAAUAGCGGAUAAAGCCUUCAGGGGUGAUGCUCCACGCAUGGUUCUCCACCUCUGAAGUUAGGCCCACCCGGCUUCCCGCAAUGGUCACGCUACCACUUGGACUUAGGCAGCACUCUUCAAGGAGCUGUAAUACACAAUUCCCGCCUCAAAGUCAGUAACUUUCUCUUAGCGGAGUCCCAGUUUUUCCUUUCUUUAGUGGAAUCAAAGUCACCGCCCUCGUACCUUGCAAUGGAGAUGGCCGCCACGGUAGACCCAAAUCUGCUCAAGACCGUCAGUCGCCUCGGCCUCUUGAAUCCGUAGCAGUUUGACAUCUUCCAGGUCACCGGUCACUGACAUCAUAAGUCUCGUUUGUCUGUUUCUUAACCUGAAGUGUACGUGCCUCUGAGUGGAGAACACCAAAUCAAAAGUAAAGGGUCUGUAUUUCUAAUGAACAGUUUUCAAGUAUCGAUUUAACAUUACUGUAAUAGGUUCUUUUUACGUACCUGUAAAAGGGGUCGGAGGGAUCCAAUUUUACUCCACUUGCUAAACUGGCGCCAGUCAGGUACCUCACCAGGUUUGAUUAAAAUCUGAGCACCCCGAUAGUUGAUGCCCUCAUAUAAUAUCCACCUGACAAAACGGACACGAAUAUUAAAUGCCAUUCUGUUUUAAUCAUGUGUCAAACUGAUGUUAUACUAAUCUUUUGACCUCACAAUAAAUUGAUUCAUUUAUCUUAUCCUCACGAGGGGGUGCUGGAGCCUAUCCCAGCUAACUAUGGGGAGGAGGCAGGGUAAGCCCUGAAGUGGUUUCCACUCAAUCGCAGACCUUCCAAUACAAUUUAGUUAAUUUCUGUAACCAUGAUUCUGUUAAAACCGUUAACAACUCUGAAAAGUAACAAAAUACUUAAAUCAUACAAUACUAAUAUUGCAAAGUUCUGUCAGGCUACCAACUAGAAUGUUAUGGAACCUAAACUGAGUAGUAUACCAUGCCAAUUUGAACCGUUUUAGCUUAAACUUGUCGAGUUGUGAGCAGAAUGAAUGAGAAUGACUGUGCCACUGCUGAGGUUCUCCCUUACACAGUACGCUUUAUAUUUCCUCCACUCAGGCUCACACCAGUGGUCUGAAUGUAACACAUCAGCAGCAGAUUUCCCUGGCCAUCAUUGUCAGUCUGUAAUAUCAUACUCUAAAAGGAGCACUGGCACUGUUUUCCAUCUACAGUAGAUACAUGAGCUAAAACUCCAUCUCUAUACAGAAUAACCAGAUAAACCAGACCAAAAUCGUUUACAUUGCAGUCAUGUACAAAACUCCAAUGAUUCUCCACUAGUGUUCCAUUGUGUUUAAAUUUAGAUCCCUAUUCCUUUAUAUUGAAAAUACAUUGCUAUUGUGGAGCAAACACUAUAUGGAAAAGCUGCAACAAGAUUCAAACCUGUACCUUUAGAACAAUGGGGGCAAAUUUUCCAACACCUGCUCCAUCUAAUAUGAUGUUAUUUUCCAUGAUAUAAAAAUGUUUAAAAAAAUAUAUGGUUAAAGACUACCAAUGUCUUCGGUUGUGUUCAGGGUUCCACUGUGCAUUCCAUACAGCACUGUAUUGUGUUGAUUAUCUAUGUUUGCACAGUGUACAGCUGUGUUACGAUUCCACCUUUUCAUUUAUGUUAUUCUCUUUUAUUGAUUUUUUUCUCUAUUGUGUGUUGAAUUUCCAGCACUGAGUCAUAGGAACACAUCAAUCAAUAGUAUUCUACGUUAUUGUAGGGUAAACACACAUAAUGCAACUUUCGGGGGUUCUGAAUAGCUAACGUGCGACAAAAUUAGCCCACACUCCAGUGAGAUGUCAGAUUCACACCAGGUGGAGAAGUUGUUGGUGACCGGGCCGCAGCCUUGAUGACCCGUGUAGUAAUGAAUAUACCGUACUCACAUGCCCCCCUCCACCAGCACCGACUGGACCCGAGCGCAGCCUUCAGCCAGCUGAAGGUUGACACAUCCAUUAGUCAGCACCACCCGCUUUCCACGCAGACCACUGCGCUCAAAAAGAAUGAUGGAAGGCUGAGAAAACUCCUGCCAAGGGAGAGAGAAUUGUUUAAAAAAACAGUGGGUGGAGUGCCAUACAAAGUCAAAUGGAGAUUUUUGUAAUGUAACCAUAGAAACAGAAAACACUUAACCUUUGUACCUACUGGGCUUAGUUUUGCCGGGCACAGGGUUGGCUAAAAGCCUUGUAAAAGAACAUUUGGGCAUCAUGUCAGUGGAAUAGAUAGUUGUUGUGUUUUUCAAAGUAAGAACAAUGUAUUUACUUUUCAAUAAGUGUACGUUUUGUACAGUGCCAGUUCUGUUUUAUUUGCAGCCGUGUAUAAUUUAGGCUAAGAUCAUGCAUAUUUAAAUCACUAUGGGACUGUUCUGACUAAUGUCACUUGUAUGUGGAGCCCAAAUAUCUUCAUAUCUGAUAUUCUAAAAUUAGUUCCCUCAAAUUCUGCAUUUAGGAACUUUAGUUAACACAUGACAGGAAUUUACCCUCAGCUUUUCACUAAAACGCCAAUGUGCCACAGAUAUAUUAUCGUCAUAUGACGUCUUUGCAUUCAUUUAACAUCAGAGGUGUGCUAAAACGAUCUUUAGGCAAAGUGGGUCCUUCAUAAUACAGUUGCAUUAUGCACACUUGCAAUUUGAUAUUUGCUUAUUUGGUACAUAGUUUAUACAGUAAAUUUCUUAAUAUUGUUGAAGGCAAAUGCACAAUGAUUCGUUGUGAGUCCAUCACUUGAAAUGCUGCUGUCCAUCAUGUGAGAGAUAAUCAACUUACAAAGCCGACAGUCUGGACUGAGAGGAUGGUCGCACUCGGGUUGAUACAACCCAUUGCCCUCAUAUCCUGGUAGUUUCCCUCCUCCAGCAGAUACAUCUUGCCAGCAUAGUCCUGUGCUUCGAAUGCGAGCCAGCUAAGGGAUGUAAACACAGAAUAAGCUAAAAUGAACAACACAAUGUUAUAAUUGAAGUGAUGUUAGGUUGACAUUAAAAAAAAUCAUGCUCACCUGCCCACUAGAACUUUGCAGGAGGCCACUGAGAAGCCUUCCUGCAGGGUCGCCACACUGUUCUCUAAAGUGAGGGCAGUGCCUUGAAAACCUGGCUUGGAGAAGAGCUGGACCUACGGACACAGAGCACAUGACAGAUUACAACUGGGCUAGAUCAUCAAUUGUGAAGCCUUGUUUUGUUUCUAAGAAGUUGGAUAAACAAUUACCACAUACCUUAAAUUUAGCCACGUUCUCAAAAUCAUCCUGAAAUACAAUGACAAGAGUUAUUUUCCCCCCUUUCAAUCAUAAAACUUUUGUUGUGAUUUUCAGCGCAAAACAAUGGAGACUCAUAAUCAUGUGGUUUUGAGAGAGGAAAAAACCCCACGGUGAGUCAGAGCAUCUGACAAGUAUUUUCCUCAUUUAGUGGGCACUUCAUUUGUUCUGGAUUUUUCAGUCACAUGCUUCCAAAGAGGAUCGACAUGAUAAAAAAUUGUCAGUUUCCUGUAUCAAGUGAGGACACCCAAAUGGGUAAUGUGACUUGUCACAUGAAUGAAUGUCAAUGCCAUUGAAAAUGCCGACUAUCAGGAUUCCAUUAUCACAUACAGUAUACUAGCGGCUAUCCUUUUUCUGUGGACCUUGUCCCCAGCGGGGUGUGCACUGGACGAGUCCCCAGUUAAUCACAAACUUGUCAAAUCAUUUAAUGGGCAUGUACUUUUUUGUUGUUGGAAAAAUACUGUAUAUUGUGAAAUUGCAAAGUAUCUUAAAAUAACAUUAAGAUAUUGCAAGGAAAUUUGCUUGACUUCAUAGCAAAUUGUUUUUCUUUUCCCUUUUAGGAAAGCAACGGUAAAAAAAGUCGGCUACUAUUACUAUUCAGAAUUCAUAGUCUAUUUUGCAGAGCAUUUUAUACCUUCUGCUCCUGUCUUGUUCGCCAUAUUUACAUUUAGGCUUAAGGUUUCUUUUCAUACCUAUUAUGUAAAUAUCAGGCUGGUGAAGUGGUAUCAGUGUUGCACUAUUGUAGCGUAUUUACAGUGCUACGAAAAAGUAUCUGAACCUUUUGGAAUUUCUCACAUUUCUGCAUAAAACUACCAUUGAAUGUGAUCUGAUCUUUGUCAGAAUCACAGAUUACAGUAUCAGCUCUAACUAAAACCACCCAAAAUUGAUAGUUUUUCCUAUUUUAAUGAGGAUAACAUGCAAACAAUGACAGAAGGGGGAAAAUAAGUAAGUGAACCAUGACAUUUAACAUUUUGUGCCCCCCCCCUUUGGCAGCAAUAACUUCCAGACGCUUCCUGCAGCUGCAGAUCAUUCCGGCACAUCAUAAGGACUAAUCUUGGCCCAUUCUUCUCUACAAAACUGCUGUAGUUCAGUCAGAUUCCUGGGAUGUCUGGCAUAAAUCGCUGUCUUCAGGUCAUGCCACAGCAUCUCGAUGGGGUUCAAGUCUGGACUUUAACUUGACCACUCCAGAACGUGUAUUUUGUUCUUCUGAAACCAUUCUGAAGUUGAUUUACUUCUGUGUUUUGGAUCAUUGUCUUGUUGCAGCAUCCAUCCUCUUUUUUAGCUUCAAUUGUCUGACAGACCGCCUAAGGUUUUCCUGCAAAACAUCCUGAUAAAAGUUUGAAUUCAUUCUUCCCCUAAUGAUUGCAAGUUGUCCAGGCCCUGAGGUAGCGAAACAGCCCCAAAUUAUGAUCCUUCCUCCAUCAUGUUUCAUGGUGGGGAUGAGGUGUAGAUGUUUGUGAGAUGCUCCAUUUUUCCUCCACACAUGACAUUGUGUGUUACUCCUAAACAAUUCAACUUUGGUUUCAUCAGUCCACAAAAUAUUUUGCCAAAACACCUGUGGCGGGUACAAGUGCCUUUUUCAUUAAACGAGCAACAAUGUUUUUUUUUUU